UGCUCAGUUCUUACCAAAAUGCAGUUCAACAGAAGCUUUUAGUAUUGUGUUGGGCCUGAUGAACCACUGUAUGCAGCGGAUGGUGUCGGAGCUCGUCCUGCUCGUUCCUCUGCUGUUCAGACUCAGACAACCCGGAGCUGACGCCAUGAAGCUGGGUCCAGCUGUCGAGGAGGAGAACUGGUCGGCACUUGAACGUGUCUGUUUCAGUUUGUUCAGGGGGCGUUUACAGUCCCAGCCGGACAAAAGAAAGAGGAUGUUGUCCUUGAUCCAGAAUCAUAUACCCAUGGCAAAAGAGAAGCCUCUGCUCCUGAUCAGCUGGUUAUCUCUGGUCGCUUUUGAAGAUAUUCCUGAAUUUUCCCACCUGACGGGAAUACAUGCAGAGCACCUGAUCCAGAGUCUGAUGUACAGACUGAGAGCACGUGGAGACACGAGGGAUAACAACAGAGCACAGGAGAACAUAAAGUAUACUCAGAACACCUUGAGUCAUGUGCUGCUGAAGGUGGAGGAAGAGAAGAACAGGAUGAUAGAAGCUGGAAGCAUCAACCCAGCUUUCAAGAGCAGCAUCAGUGUGAUGAACAGCACGUGUGGAAUUGUGCGUCUCGUCCCCGGGUACCAGGCUGCGGUCCUGUCCUACCAGCUGGUGUUGAAGUUGGCAGAGAUCUUGGACGCUAAACUGAGGAAAGAGUCUCCAGAAGAUGAGUUAGAGACCUUAAGGCAGAAACUCCUGGAGGAGCUACAAAGCGUGCAGGAGCGGAUCAGUGAGUGGAGAGAUGGACUGCUGCAGAAACCCUUUCUAACUCAUCAGAGAUCACUCUCCUACCCAAAGGAAAUUGAGAUGUGGGAUGCGCUGCUGAAGGUCGAAUGUUCCCUGGAAGAUGUUUCAGCCCGCCGGAGGCUGAACCUCACAAAAGACCUGAAGAAGAGGAUUUCCGAGGCAAGUGAGCAGGACAGAGUGCUGCUCUGCUGCCAGGAGCCAACCUUGGCAACUAUAAAGAAAAGCCAUGAAGUUGUACAGACAUGUUUCAACGAGCUGUGUCAGGCUGCUAUCAAGACAAUCUGCCAGAGGGGAAAGGAAGGAGAGCUGAUGCAGAGUCUCAGCUCUAAGGUGAAGGAUCUUCCUCCUGUUGUCAUGUCUGCCCUUGUUCUUGAGUCAGCAGCACGAUUCAGAGACAACUCUGUCGUCCAGCUGCUCGAUCCACAGUCCGCCAUGAGCCACCUGCUGUGUUACGCUGACUGGAAGUCGAUCCAGGUGGAUGACGCAGCUGCACAGGUCGUCAACAGCUGUCAGACUGCAGUGCACUCUCUGAUGGAGUCUCUGCUUCAAGGACACGUUUCAAAGGGACACCUACAGAUCUGCCUGGAUCAUAAAGAGCAGUUUAAGAGACUCUACCAGCAGUACCAGAGAAACAACAAAUCUGAGACAGUUCGUGUUGAUGCAGAGGCUGUUUUGGCACAGAGAGAGAAAGAUUUGAAUGCUUUCGUGGUCCAGAACCAGCAGAUGGAUAUACUGAUAAAAAUGAUAGCAAAGGUUACAGAAAGCAUCUCAGUUCCUGAGAUGUCGACACUUGAGAAGCAGCACACUGCAGAUCUGAAAAAUACGAGCCUGAACAAACUGGUGCGUGUUCAGUCCUUCGAUGCUGAGGGGAAGCUGGGGAAGACAGGCCCUCCUCAGGUCCUUUGGUACAACCCCAGUCUGAAGGUCCUGAAAAUGGCCUGCAAGAUGUACAAACUGCAUCACAGCACCCUAAUUCUGUCCUCCUGGGUAAAGGGGGCUGCGUCUUUGGUGUCAGCGAGGCAGCCGUGCUCAGCUCCCGUCUCGGUCACCCUCACCCAGGUCUGUGAAAACAUCUGGGAGCCUCUGUUGACAGAGUUCUCUCGGCUUGGUGUCAGCAUUGCAAAUGCAGACAUCACUUUCAAGCAGCUCGAUCAGGUUUUGAUGGAGUCUGGCGACAUAGAAGAUGGAAAACUAAUGAAGAAGGAGCUGAGUCUGAUGUCUGAGACAUUUAGCAAAGAGUUCAGACCUGAGGAGAACUGGGUGGACCUGAGACUCAGUCAGAUCCAGGAGUAUCGGCAGCUCCUCGAGGCAGCGGCUGCAGCCAGUGCAAUGCUGAGAAUUGCAGCAAAAAUGAAGCUUUCUGGGAAUUUCACAGAAAUUGACACUCUCAGUCAACUGGAAGAAGACACAUUUAAGCAGAGGGCCCUGAGCACUCUAAGUGAUGACCUGUUUCAUGCCAAACGCCAACUCUCAGCAGUCACCAAGCAGCACACUGCCUGCCUGGAAGAGUUUCUAGCGAGCCAAACUCUGGUUACAUGGGUCAAAGAGAAUCUUAAAAAUAUGAGCGAGGUGAAGGUCUAUGUCGAACUGGCUUCCAUAUCUGCUGGAGAGAAUGACAGAGAGAUCGAUCAGGUGGCCUGUUUCCAUGAUGCGGUGAUGGGCUACGCUCCUCUGCUCUUCUCCCUCUCCUCUCAAGCUGGAUUUCAGGAGUUCAUGAAGUGUGCACAACAGGUGUGGGAGACCCAGAGUCGAGAUGAGAAGCUGCCGGACAAACUGAGAGAGUCCACUCGAUUGCUGAACUGGCUGCAAACACUGAAGGAGACCCACGGCUCCGUGGAACAGUCGUCUCUCUCUCUGGCUACUUCUAUUAAUGCUCAUGGAGUUUAUCACAUCGGAUGGAUUGAUCAGAGCACAGAAAAGAGAUGUCUACAAAACAUGGUACAGGUAACAGUGAAAACAGAUGAAGUGGAGAAGAGCUACAAGCUUGAAGAGCUGCUGGAGCUACAGAACAAACUCAUGCUCAUGUCGUCCAAAGGGGAGCAUGGCCGAGAACAAGUCAACAGGUUCACAGAGGUUUUUGAAGGAGUUCAGAGACUUGGUACCAUCCUUCUUCAGAUGCAAACAUCUGGUAACAUGCUCUUCAGGGAAUGGCAUGCAGAGGUCCAGUGCUGCCCACAACAGCAACCAUGCAUCAAAGUUACCUUCUUAUCCCUGAUGGGUAAAGAGAUGAUGUACAGCGGUGAGGUGACUGAGCAGCUACAAAAGCUGGCUCACUCCAUGGAUAGCUGCCAAAGUGAAUGGCGUUCCUUCAUCAGUGAAAUGCGCUCCAGGUUCAACUUGCUGAACCACUACACCUCAGAGCAGAUGGUCUACCUAUGCCACUGGAUACACAAAGUGUGCCAACGGCAGGUAUCGGUUCCUGCACAGCUAUGGCAUUUACUUUUCCCCAUAAAACCUCAGUGCACUCUAACUGAUGUCAGAGUUGCAUAUGCUAACGCAGCAAGUAUGACUUCAGAGCAUGAUGAAUUGGAAGACGUUGAGUUUGAUGAUGAAGAUCAGUAUUAUGAACCUCUUAUUGACUCAACGCCAGCUUCAUCAGUACAGAGUGAAGAGGACAUGGAAGAGGCUCGUGAUUUAAUGGAGUUUUCCUCAGAGGAUGAGGAUGAUGGUGUCAUGAACUGUGAUGCUGAUGGACUCAGAGAGCACGAUGAGGACAGUCUUGAAAAACUCUGGCGUAAAUUCAAGGACGACAUGCCACAGUACCUCAAUGAGUACUUGGACAUCUCAACUUUGGCCAACUUCCUCUCAUGCCUCUCUGAAAUGAACCAGCAGCACAUGCUCAGGAGCCUUCCACCAGUCCUCCAGGAGGGAAAGCCCAAUCUUGUGCUUUGUCCCACUGCAGAGGUUUUUACCACCAUCUUGUCUUUUUACAUGGAGAGUCCAGAGCAGCCUCUGCCAUCUACUGAUGAGGUCCUAGUCUGCAGAGAGGAAACCACAGAGGAGGAAGUGGAGAUCUUUUUCCGCCUGGCUCUUAGCCAGGGCUUCCGGAGCAACUCGCAGAAGAUACACUGUCUUGUCAAUCCAGGGCUGCUGGGAUAUGAUGUCAGUGUGGCCCUGGGGGAGCUCUUUGAGAGUCUUCAGAGAAGUGCAAACCCAUAUUAUCGUUUGGUCAUAGUCAGUCCGGUAAUGCACCAGCACAGAUAUGUCCCCUCUUUCUUCAGCAAUGACAAAGUACAGGCUGGAAUGAGUCUAACAGCAGAGAAUGCCAGGAAAUAUCUGCAUCACCACUUCACACAAAACAUGCUCCCACACAACCCUGUUACAGUUGUUUCUCCAGAUCAACUCUCAGUCUGGAUGGUGUCAUCUUCACGUCCUGCAGUUGGGAAAUCCCUUUAUGUGGAUCGUUUGUUCGAGAAGUUCCAGCAGAAAUCUCCCAGAGCAAAACACAUUAGGAUCAGACUGAUUGAGCCAUGCGUUGAUAUUGACUCCUUGAUUAAGAGUCUAUCAGAGGCACUGGCACCCAUAAAAGAACAGGACCCGGUUCUCCUGCACAUUGACACAGCUGGGGUUCGUUCAGGUCUGGAGGAGCUCCUGUUCCGUCUGUUAAUCCUGGGCUGUUUGACCAACAGCCAUGGGAUGCUGUGGAGGCGGAAUGCAGCUCACUUGAUCACUGUUGAGGUCUUACGAGCACCAACAUUGCAUCAAAACCUGCCAAAACAGGUGAAGCUUGGACUUAUUGACAUUCUGCCCACCAUCCAUUGCAGACCCCCAAAAGAGGUGAAGCAGUUGUUGGCCGGUAAAGGGUUGUUGAAAAAAGAGAAAUUUGAUCCACUCAUGGAUGAACAGGAGUUUGGCAGUGAAGGGAUUCAAAGGCCAUAUCAAUACUUACAGCGUUACAACAAGAAUCAGAAUCUGGAUCAUUUUAACUACCAGGAUGGUUCCAGAGUAGGAGAUCCUGUUGAUUGUGUCAGUCACUUUCUGUUCUAUUGUGGACUGCAAAAUCCAUCUUGGGCAGAGCUGAAGAACUUCUCCUGGUUCCUAAAUGUGCAACUGAAAGACUGUGAGAACUCAGUUUUCUGUGAUCCAGAUUUUCUGGCUGACCAGCUGCCUGGUUUCAAAGGGUUCAUUGUGAAGUUCAUGAUUCUAAUGGCAAGAGAUUUUGCCUCACCAUCUCUGAACACAUCUGAUCAGAGUCCUGUGCUGCACAUCGAUAACAGUCUGGAGGAUGACCUUCUAGCCCGUCUGACAAUUCGUAAGCAUUGGGAAAAUGAGUCUCAUCCAUACAUUUUCUUCAAUGCAGACCGAUCCUCAAUGUCUUUCCUCGGCUUUAAUGUGAAGAUGUGCCCGAGACGAAACACACUCAACGCAGUCGAACCUCACAGCCCCAAGGUCCUGAUAGAAGAUGUGAUGUCAAGACAGCUUUUUGAUGAUUUGGAGCGUCAAAGGAUCUGUCUCACAGAAGACUUUGAUCAGCUGCCCCGGCCAGACAAAAUCAAGAGGAUUUCAUGCGUUGUUGGUGCAAAGAAAGGAAUAACAGACAGACAAUUUGAUCCAGACCCAACAUAUGAGCUCACUGCUGACAAUGUGAUGAAGAUGUUGGCCAUACACAUGAGAUUCCGGUGUGGAAUUCCAGUUGUCAUCAUGGGAGAGACUGGCUGUGGAAAAACUCGAUUAGUCCGUUUCCUUUGUGCCCUGCAGAGGGAGGAAAGAUCAGUAGAGAACAUGGUACUGGUCAAAGUACAUGGUGGAACUACAGCAGAGAUGAUCUACAGAAAGGUGAGGGAAGCAGAGAUACUUGCUGAGAAGAACCAUCGACUGCACAAGCUAGACACCAUUUUGUUCUUUGACGAAGCCAACACAACAGAGGCCAUUUUUGCCAUCAAGGAAAUCCUGUGUGACCGAUCAGUGAAAGGGAAACCUCUGAGGGCAGGCAGUGGGUUGAAAAUAAUAGCUGCUUGCAAUCCUUACAGAAAGCACUCACCUGAAAUGGUGGAACGUUUGGAACGUGCAGGUUUAGGAUACAGGGUGAGGGCAGAUGAAACCGAAGACCGUCUUGGCAAAGUCCCUCUGAGGCAGCUGGUGUACAGAGUUCAUCCUCUCCCUCCAAGCCUGGCGUCUUUGGUAUGGGACUUUGGUCAGUUGAGUGAUUCAACUGAACUUUCUUACAUCAAACAGAUAGUCCAGAAGAAAGUUCAAGACCAUCGUUUGCCAGUAAUAUGCACGGACAUCAUUUCAAACGUGCUGGGAGCUUCCCAGAAAUAUAUGCGGAGUCGGAAAGAUGAGUGCAGUUUUGUGAGUCUCAGGGAUGUGGAAAGGUCCAUGAAAGUGCUAGUUUGGUUUUACCAGCAUAGCACAAUCCUUUUCAACAACUGCUCUCAGCUCAGUGAGGCCCACAAAACACUGAAGUGCUUGAUUCUUUCAGUUGGAGUCUGCUACUACCCCGCUCUGGUGGACAAAGAACAGUACCUCUCUGUAAUCUGUAGGUACUUUCCAGACCCCCUCUGCUCUUCGGCAGCAUUGCAGGAAGAGAUUUCAUCCUGUCAAGACAUCUUCCUUGAGAACAUAAAGACAAGGGAGACCAUUGCCAAAAAUGUUGCACUCAAAGAGAAUGUGUUUCUCAUGGUGGUUUGCAUUGAGCUCAGAAUACCACUCUUUCUGGUUGGUAAGCCAGGCAGCUCCAAGUCCCUUGCCAUGCAGGGCCAGAGUUCUCACUGUGAGCUAUUCAAGAACCUGAAGCAAGUUCAUAUGGUCUCCUUCCAGUGUAGUCCUCACUCAAGUCCUGAGGGCAUCAUAGGGACAUUUAGAAACUGUGCCCGCUUCCAGAAGGACAAAAACAUGGAUGAGUAUGUAUCAGUGGUAGUGCUUGAUGAGAUAGGCCUAGCUGAAGAUUCUCCUCAGAUGCCCCUGAAGACCCUUCAUCCUCUCUUGGAGGAUGGUUGCAUUGACAAUGACAAGCCAGAUCCACACAUGAAGGUUGGAUUUGUCGGUAUCUCCAACUGGGCUCUUGACCCAGCAAAAAUGAACAGAGGCAUCUUUGUGUCCAGAUGGGAUCCAAGUGAAGAUGAACUUGUGGAAACUGCCAAGGGAAUCUGCUCAUCCUCAAAGCAAAUUCUCCUAAAAAUCAAGCACCUCUUCCCAUAUUUGGCAAAGGCCUUCUUGAGCAUCUGUAAAGAGUCCUCAAAAAAUCAGUUCUUUGGUUUAAGGGAUUAUUAUAGCCUCAUCAAAAUGCUCUUUGCCGCAGUCAAGUCCACACAACAGGAACCAGAUGGCAGACAGCUGGUAGAGGCCAUCUUGCGUAACUUCAGUGGACAACCAGAGGAUUUUGACCCUGUCAUAUUCUUCCAAGAGGUUCUCCAGAACUUAAUGGAAAAUCCCCGACCAAGCACCUUGCAGAUGGUGAAAAAAAAUCUUGACCAUGACACCAACCAGGAGAGCCGUUACCUCCUUUUGCUGACCACCAACAAUGCAGCUCUCCAUAUCCUUCAGCAACAGAUCUUUGCCAACGGAGACUGUCCACCACCUGAAAUAAUCUUUGGCUCAGGAUUCCCAAAGGACCAAGAAUAUGCCCAAAUCUGCCGUAACGUCAACCGAGUGAAAACAUGCAUGGAAACUGGGCGUACUGUCAUCCUUCUGAAUAUGCAAAAUCUUUAUGAAAGUCUGUAUGAUGCCUUGAACCAGUACUAUGUUUACCUCAGUAAGCAGCAGUAUGUUGAUCUUGGUCUCGGCUCCCACAGAGUCAAAUGCCGUGUCCACACAAACUUCAGACUGGUGGUAGUGGAGGACCAGAAGAAGGUCUAUGAGCACUUUCCCAUGCCCCUCAUCAACAGGCUUGAAAAACACAGGGUGGAUAGGAGUACUGAUCUGGAAGCAUGGCAACACAGGGUUCUCCACAAAUUGAGGGAGUGGGUGAAGGAAUUCUCAGGUGAGGAUUCAGAUUUCAACAUGUCUGACAUUUUUGUUGGCUACCAUGGUGAUGCCUGUGCCAGCGCUCUCUUACAAGCACUAGAAAGGAGAGCACAAAAAGCAGAAGACAGUGCAGUAAGUCAACAACAACAGGCUGAGAAAGAUGACUCCCUAAAAGAAGAUGAAUCAAACGGGACCCAUGAAUCAAAGUCAAACAGACAAAAGAAGGAAAACAAUGGGGAUGAUGAUCAGUUGGGUGAAGAGAUGGAUGUACAGAUUGCUGAAAAUGAGCAAGACAUUGAGUCAAUGGAAAAUAAUGAUGAUGAAUCCACUGAAAUGUGGGAUGAUGAGCACAAAGUUAUGUCUGAGAGUGAAGAAAUGAUGGAGACUGAAGACAAUGGGGAAAACGAGGAAGAAGAAGUCUUGGAUUUAGCUAAAUGUCUUUUGUUGAACUGUGCCACCCCUGACGGAGUGUUGAGGCUCAAGUAUUCAGAUUUAGCAAAACAGGAGAAGGAAAAACUCCAGAAAAUGUACUUCCAGCAACAGCAUCACCACUCUCUCCGAGAUUUCCUUGAAGAUUGUCUGACCAAGCAUCAGGGGUCCAGCAAGUUUCUAGAGAUUACAACAUUCUCCAGCUUGUUAACAAGAUCAGAUGUAAGGGUUGUAGCCCAUGCCCUGGGACUUCAUACGGACAGGAUCCUCCUGCUCUCGCUGCACCAGUUUGACACUGAGGUCUCCUUCUGCAACAAGAUACGGGGCUUCCAUCAAGAUGCUGGUCACUCUCUUCACAUCCUCUUAAUCCAGAUGGACCUCGAGGAAUCCCAGUGCAGUGCUGAGCUCAUAGCUUCAGCAAAAUAUUGCACCAUGAAUUACUUGAUGUCACUCGAGGAUCAGACGUGUUGGGUGAUUUUCAUUGUGAAGGUUUCUCGGAUCCCAAGUCAAUCUCAGUACAUCGGUUUCCAAGGAGGAAUCUGGCAUUCAGUGCAUAUCGAUGACCUGAGGGAUUCAGAGGACAUGAGCCUGAACUUGUUGGGUUUCUGUGGAACUCUCAUUAGCAACCUACUCAAUCCUGCACUGUCAGAACAUGAUGACGAUGGAGAAACAAUGAGGAAAACAAAAGAUGCCCAGGCAGAUAGAGUCCACCUCCACAGCCUUUCCUUAGUGCGAUCAUGUAUCCAAAAAGCUGUGGGUUUACUGAGGGACACCAACGGCACAACGUCGCGAAGCAUGCAGCGGAUACAAAUCCUUCUGAACCUUCUGGGACCUGGUCUUGGGAACACCAGAGAUCACUUCCAGGAGGUGUUGUUAAGUAGACUGGCAGAAGCUUUGGCGCAGAGAGAAACACUGAUGGACUCUCCUAAGGAGUGGGUGAGCAGAGAAGCCAAGAAAUGUCAGGCUCUGCAGGAGGGGGGAACUCUGAGGCAUACACUGUGGCGUUGUCUGCAGUCCACUGUGACACCAACAUUGGCCAACAUGUUGGAAGUUAUGGACAGGUAUGCCAAUCUGGACCUGCUCUCUGAUGGCAGGCUUGGCCAGGGCCUGUUAAAUCUGUGGCUGGACAUCCUGGCAGAUUCACAAAUAUUGGACCUUGUAGCUCCUCAGAACCAAAGUAAAUCAGACCAGGAGGUACUUGUGCAGCACUACUUCAUCUUGGAUGGUGAAGAACAACCCUGCGCUGCUGCGUUCAGCUGGCUCAUCAGACAGCACCUUGAAAGCCUGUGGGACGAAUCAGAAUUUAUGCCAGUAACAACAGAGGGUGGCACAGGGAGGAUUCUCCAGUUUGUGAGCACCUUCAACAACAGCAGGCUGGGCAGUCACUUACAGAAACUCACAGCCAAGGAGAGGCUGGAGUAUGGCCGCCACUACCUACAAGACUUUUUGCUGCUUUCAUUGAAGAUCAAGUCAAAGGACGAGCUUAGGGUGCUCACCAGGGCCGUGUUGGGAUGUGUGUCCGAGCUUCAGACGUCCAUGGGUGCAGCCACUGACCUGUCUCCUGCUUGGAUAAUGGCUGCUGUCAAAUAUUUUGUCCCAAGACUGGACACUCUCUGCCACAUAUUUCUGCUGCAGCCACUGCUCAUCACUGACGUCUUACAGAAGGGCGAUAAGAUGGAGCCCCAAGUAAUGGUGGAGGACAUUUUAGCCCUUGGUGUCUGUGUCGAGCAGAUACAACUUCUGAAUGUGACGUCCCUGCAAGAGUGCGAGGCCUUUGUGAGCAGAGUGGAGUUCCUGCAGCCGUGUUUGGACAGAGCUUUCGGCCAGAAAUACAGAACUCUCUGUAGCGCCGGCUGUUUGCAACAUCUGGACGCCAUUAGAUCAAAGUGGCAUGGGAUGCUGACUGUUGCUGCUUUCAUCCAGCACGUCAUUUUUAAAGUUAAACAGAAUGACUCAAGAUUGAGUGAACUAGCUCUCACACACUGCAACCUCCACCUGAAUCUGAUGCAGGAGUCACCUGAUAUCAGCAGUGUUGACACACUGCAGCAGCUGAUCCGGAUCCUCAAUUCUUUUCAUGACGAGUGCAUCAGCAGGGACCUGAGGUUCGGUAUUUCCUGCCCAGUUUGUCUUGAGGAGUUCACAGAGCCGUGUGUGCUGCCCUGCCAGCACGUCUGCUGUCUGUUGUGUCUCCAGCGCUGCAUUCAGUCAAACAGACGUUUUUGCCCUAAAUGCAGAGCGGACCUGCCGCCCGACUUCAAACCGGCUGUUUCUCAAAACAUCAAGGCAGCUCUUCAGCAGCAGGCAGCCAUCAGGGACUGCUGUAACUCCUUCUUCCUGGAGGUGGUGUCCAGGUUCUGUCUGUCAGAGGGGCAGCAGCCUGGAGAGGGAGUGGUGGAACUGCUCUUCUCCCUACUGGUCACUGCUAAGGGGGACGUGUACAGGACGAGAGAGCUCACUCCUUUCCUGGAGUGUGUGGAUAACAGUCCAGUGGUGAGAUCUGUGCUGCCAAAACUGCUGCUGCAAUACAGUUUUGACCAGGUGAAGGCUCACAUUCAGAACUACCUGAAGAACCUGGAGGAGAAUCUUCUGCUCAGUGAAGAUCGCACUGAACUCUACCUGCUGUUUGUCAACUGCUUCCAGGACUCUCUGCUGUGCUCAGAAGCCAGAGAAGUGAAGCAGAGCGGAGAACAGCAGAGACAAGCAGAAACCAGAUUCCUGAGCCGGAUGGCCAGGAAACAGACUCCAAACCGACAAGAAGACCCAGCAGAGUUCCUGCUCAGCGUCGCCAGGCUGAGAAUAUGUCUGAGCAAUGCUGCACGGCUGCUGGAGAAAGCUGCAGUUCAAGGCAGACACGUGGUGGAUGCUCAGUACCUGCAGCAGGUGAAGGCACUGUGUGAGUACAGUGGUAAUGACUGGCACAGGGUUUACCUGCUCCGAGCCCUGCACAGACGCUCUGGCAGGGACUGCAUACUGUCACUGAUGAACAAUCCAAGCUGGAGAUGGGUCUUCCCUCCGAAGCUCCUCGAACUUCAGCGGAGGAUUCCAACCAACAUGGACAACUUCCUCUGCUGUGGGACGAGGUACCGAGCUGUGAGAGAUGCCCUGGCCCAGUUUCUGCUGGAGAAAAAAAGUGACACCUUCAUGGCUGAGAUUCAGAAGCUGAGAGGUUCUCAGAUCAGCCUUGUGGCCCUGGCCUUGUUCAGACAGGUCACCUGCUGCUACAAAUCACCUGACAGCAGAAUACAUCCCUCUGAACAGGAGAUUCAAGGACUGAAAGAACUCCUGAAAUGUAUCCAGUCAGUGGAGUUGAGGGACUUCUGCAGUUCUCUUCUGUUGAAUCAGAUCGGUGCACCGGGCUCAGGCCUCAACGUCAACAUGGCUGAGAAACAAACCCUCCUGGAGCUGCUGGUCCAUCUGGACUCUGUGCUCCUCAGUGAAAAUGCUCUACUGGUUCCUCUGUACCAGAUAGCCUCCCAGCCUCAGAACGUCACAAACUCCUUUCUGCCCACUAUGCCUGAUGAUCGCAGUAGUGAAGCUCGGCAGUGGUUGUUAAAAGAGAGAAGAUUACAGGAGUACUUUUGUGCCAAUGGACAUUCAAUAUUUGUCGGAGAGUGUGGUAGACCAAUGGUUACAUCCAGAUGCCCAGAGUGUGGAACUGAAGUUGGUGGCGUUAAUCACAACCCAGUUGAAGGAUUUACUAAAAACACAGGACAAAGAGUCGGAGAUCGAACUCGGACAGGACACAUACUAGGAGAGGCUCAUCAGAGGUCUGAAGCCCCUGAGAGACAGCUGCCUACUGCUCAGUGUUGCGUCCUGCGGCUGUUCACUCACCUCGCCAUGCUUCAAGGAGCCAUAAAAAAUCAAAGAGGCGUUGCUGACAUGAUCCACCCCAGGCCCCAUGAUGUUUUCGGCUUCCUGUGGAAACAUCUUGAAAAGGACAUGAGUGUGUUGAGGAAGACGCUGGAUCAGAACCCGGACAACACGGCUGUUGCUGUUCAUUUGAUCCUCAACACCUGCGCUGAGUCCACUGAAGGUCACCGCUGGGAUCUCUCCUCCAGACAAGGACGGCAAGAGUGGGAGAAGCUCGUCUGUGUUUCUGCCAUCAACCCAGUACUGCAGGAUUUGCAGAAGAAUCUUGCUGAAGUUCAGAAGAGAAUCAGUGAGGAUGAUGGACUUGCUGGAAGCCCCCUGAUGACUCUCCUCCACGGGGAUCCAGGGAACAUGUUGUCCCUCCACUCUGACUGCCCGACACAGUGCUCCUCUUUCUGGACUCUACCCGAGACGAUGACAGUGGAGCGUUUCUCUCAGCUGGUGGGGGGACAACAGUUACGCGGCUCCUUGCCCCUGCUCGUCCUGUUCCUCCAGAAGAUACACUGUGUGAGGCAGCUCCAUCACCUUCCUGAGCUGGCUGCUCUUCAGUCAGACCUGCUGAGAGCGUUUCCUCUAACGCCAGACGCAACGCCGCAGAGUAUCGCACAGAUGUUACAGCAAUUACCAGCAGGAUACCAGAGGAAGAUGCUGCUUGAGAGGGUGGAGAGAUUCAUGAAGGUGUGGAACAGCCUCCGAGCUGAGGUGGCAAACAACGCAACAGACUUGGGCGUGGAUAAUGUGAAGUUGUGUGAGACGGAGCUGACGGCCGAGAGCUCCGGGGAGUUUCUGACACCGUGUCGGCACGGACCGGGCUCGUGUCUCCGAACUCUGAUCGACCUCCUGUUGAACACUCACAACAGCCUGGUGAGAGAGGCCAGGAAGGCGAGCCGCCAGGAGGACAGCGAAUACAGUGUUCCUUUAGAGAAGAUAUCAGAGACCCAGCUGACCCUGUGCCACCCAGAGAGGGAGCUGCUCCCUCUGGUUUUAUCUCACUGCCAGUACACCCUAAAAAAGGGUGGUGAGACGGGCAGCAGCUACAACCUGCAAGGCAUCCAAACCGAGCUGGUCCGUCGCUUUCUGGCUGGAAAACCGAUUAUCCAAGCGGACACCUCAAGGUACCUCAACAGGCACCUACAGGAUUUCUCUGUGGUUCUAACCGAGGUCAGAGGCAAGAUCUCUCAGGAGCCGCUGAAGGGAUCGGUGAGCAGUGCCAUGAGAACGGUGCUGCGUUCAUUCACAGACGUGUGUGACGCUGUGCAUGUGGUGGAUAUCGGCCUUCGCUUUCUGGGCAAGACGGGUGGAGAUCCUCAGGGUCAACUCCUGUCCUACCUCACUGAUUCACUGCAGAUGGGGCCACAGAUUUCCAGCUCUGUAGCCAAGAGUCUUGCAGAGAGCAAACUGGAGCACAGCAUAUCUACCUGGCAGCUCCUGACUUGUUGGAAAUCUGAGCUCAUGCUGAACAGAAACCAAGACCCGUUUCAGAAGCUGCCCUCAGAGUUCCAGAAGAAGCUGUCUGAGGAGGAGAGGAAGGAGCUGAAGGGUUUCCUCGCCGUCACAGAUGUCGAAGCUUUCACUUUGGAGCUGCAUGAAAUACUGCUGCUGAAGACGAACAACGCCGUGCCUGACGAGGGCUACCAGCCACACUGGGACAUCAGGUCCACCUUAGAGAAUCAUUUGGAGCGGAAAGACCUUCCACCUCUGUUGGAGCUCGAGUCUCUGCUGGAGGACAUCACCCUCGCGCAGGGGGCUGACGUGUGGAGGGCUGCUGUAGAGUUUAGAAAGAGAUAAAUAUUUUCUAUUGAAAGCUGAUUUUAUUACUUUUAUGUGAUUCUUUUUGUUUUGAUAUUUUUUACUUAUGAGAUAUCUGGAUUGCAAUUGACUGUUCACCAUUGAUUCACUGCAUAUAAAAGGGUAUUAUUAGGGUAAAUAUUGUUUACAUUUUGAGAUGUCUUAUUUGUUAAGGGAGAGAGAAAGUGAAAAAAAUAAAUAAAGCAGGUCUUUUUUUCAUUAUAUCAUGUUCAGUCUAUUAAUGAGGUAUCAGGGAACAAUAAAUACAUUAAAUGAAA